UUACCUCACGAUUUGAACAUGCUAUAUCUACACACCUUUCAGCCUCACUACCAUUAUAAUAAAAGUGUUUGACAUGAGAGAGGAUAUACUGUUAUCAAUGAAUCAAAAUAAUCCAAUUUUUAUCUAAACUUGAUAACCAUAUUAUAUUAACGGUGCUUUUCUAAAAAUAUGAGUUUAAUUAAAAUAGUGUAUGUAUUAGGUGAUGUAGAAGCAGAAUAGAACAUACUGUGGAAACUAACUUUAGUAUUUUCAAAAUGUUAGGUAAAAAAGUGGACUUCAAAUGUUUCAUAAUUUUUCUAAUGGGUAUUACCAUAUUGGUAUGUGUAUAUCAACAAGAUAGUAUAUUUUCCCGAACUGAAAUUAUCGAAAACAUUAGUGGAGAAGAACUAAAAUUGACAGCAGAGGCAACUUCCAAUGGAGGAGUAUUUACGAUAAACACCCCUGGUUGUACAAUUCCAUACCUGCAUCCUUAUGAUAAAAGUAUUUUAGAUUACGUAGAGCAGCCAGGAAAAUAUGUUUGUAAUAAUGGUACUCCAGCAUUAUUUGAAACAGACAUGGAAUCUAUAAAAAUUAUAGAGAAAUCAUUAUCCUUCUAUAACAUAACCAAUAUAAAUGAUCUGAAAUGUUGCUACAAAGCAUUCUGGAGAGAGGAUCCUCACACUAUGGCAGACAAGAAAAUAAGCUACAGUAAUAGUUGUGAAACAUUUGUUAAUAAAACUGACAUAAAAGAAGAGUUUAUAAAAGUAACUUGCAACUACAAGAACCGUUUGAUUUAUACUGAUGUGUUUGCUUCUGUUCCCGUAAAGAACUUCACGGAUAAAGUAAAAGAAGAUCAAGACAAAAACGGGUCCCCUUUAAAUAUUUUAGUACUCGGCUUAGAUGCUAUUUCAAGAUUAAAUUUUCAGAGGCAGAUGCCAAAGACAUUAAAUUAUUUGAGACAACUUGGGGCGGUUGAAAUGUUGGGAUAUAAUAAAGUUGAUGAUAAUACGUUUCCCAAUGUAAUUCCAGCAUUAACGGGAAAGUUUGUAAAGGAAAUUCAGAAGCCAAAGGGUUGCUGGCCAAAUAAAAAUCAUCACUUUGAUGAUUGUCCGUUCAUUUGGAAGAGCUAUAAACAAAAAGGAUACGUAACAGCUUUUGAUGAAGAUUCAUCAUGGAUGGGUAUAUUUAAUCUUUUAAAAUACGGUUUUCAAAAACAGCCAACAGAUUAUAGCUUUAACUAUUUCGAUAGGGAGGCUAUAAAAUUAUUAGGAAAUACCAACGUUGGAACUGUUGCAAUUUGUCAAGGAGCAAGGUGGAUAUAUAAAGUUCAUAUAGAUUACUUGACCCAGUUCGUUCGAACAAUGGAAGAUAACUCACUAAAGUAUUUCGGUUUCUUCUGGGAGAACAGCAUCUCUCAUGAUGAUCUAAAUUUACCUAGGCUAGCUGAUGAUGAUUAUUAUUCUAUGUUGAAAUCUUUUGAGGAGCACGAUUAUCUUAAUAAUACAAUUCUCUUCGUUAUGAGCGAUCAUGGAAUAAGAACUGGUAAAAUUAGAACUACAUUCCAAGGAAUGAUGGAAGAAAGAUUACCUUUACUAUUUGUAUAUCUUCCAGAUUGGUACAAACAAAGAUACCAUCAUGAAUAUAGUAAUUUACUACAAAAUUCUUUACGUUUGACAACACCUUUUGAUUUACACGAGACCCUUGUUCAUUUAUUAGAUAUAGAAAAUAGCGAUACUGAAGAUAAUAGUACCGAUAAGGCUAGAGGUAUAAGUUUACUUAAAAAAAUUAGUGAAUAUAGAAGUUGUGAAGAUAUAGGCAUUGUAAGUCACUGGUGUACAUGCCAAAAAAGUGUAGAAGUUGAUAUAAAGAAUCAAACUAUUAAAGAAGUAGCUGACUUUUCUGUUAAGUAUAUUAACAAGCUAUUGUCUGCUUAUUCUCAAUGUUCAAAGUUACAGUUAAAUAGUAUAGCAAGUGCAAGAGUUAUGGAACAUAGUAAAGAAAUAUUAGGAAAUUUGCAGGUGUCAGAUUACAUGUUAAGUUUCGUAACAAUUCCUGGAAAUGCUUCAUUUGAAGCAACCGUAAGAUAUUCGUCACAAUCUAAAAACUACGCUAUUGUUGGUUCAAUUAGCAGGUUAAAUUUAUAUGGCAAACAAAGUGCUUGUAUUUCAGAUUAUGAGUUAAAAUUAUACUGUUAUUGUACCUGACGAAAUAAAAUCGAUAAAAAAAUA